AUGAGGGGCUUGUUGGUACGCCAUUCCAGAGCUCUCUUCCGAUCCUUCAGCUCCAGUGCCAGAAAUCACUUUGAGAACAGAGUAGCGGAGAAACAGAAACUCUUUCAGGAAAACAAUGACCUCCCAGUCUACCUGAAGGGUGGGUCCAAAGAUAGAUUCCUAUAUAGCAUAACCAUGGCGCUAUCUGUGGGAGGGACUGGUUAUUGUAUCUUUUUCUUCGGCUGGGCCUCCUUUCCCCAUAAGAAUAAUUAG